UUUAAUGCGUUAGUAUAAUUUUUGUUGUUAAAACGUUCAGAAGGUUAAAUGUAUCGUGCGAAUUAAAAGUGAUACUUGGAUCGCAUCACGAACAGCCAAAGACGCGUUGAGUGAAUUUAUUUUUGUUUGCUUAACCAGUUCUACGAUGUUUAUAAGUGAAUUGUUAAUGAAAUUGUCACAUUGAUAUAAUUUCAAUCAGAAAUAAGAAGGAAGUGAAAUUGAAAUUUGUUUGUGAUCGUGCUAUGAAAUGGGUGAAAAUUAAAAAAAUGUACGGAAAUUUAGUGAUACGUUGGCUGGUGAGUGUUGUGACAAUACUAUUUGUAUUGUGCAAUCAAUCGACGGUUGUGUUUGCAAAUCAUAUUCACAAUCAUCAUAGUUCACAUGGUGGUCAACAUACAAAGUGGCUUCGUACCGAAGUUCUUGAUGGAAACGGUCUAUUUGUAUUGGAUUGGAGAAAAACUGAAAAAGAUAUUAUAUUUCGUGCAACCGUUAAUACACGCGGAUACAUUGGAUUAGGAUUUUCGUAUAAAAGUGAAAAAAUUGGCGAUGCCGAUAUAAUUCUCGCUUGGAUCGACGAUCGCACCGGUGAAGCAAACGUUCUGGACUGUCAUGGAACCGGCGGCGAUAAUACCAUUCCAGUGCAAGACGAUACUCAAAAUGUACUUGCUGAAGAAGGCUAUCAAAAUGGUACGCAUUCGCAAAUUCAAUUUAGACGUCCGUUGGAAACAUGUGAUCCGCAUGAUGUAACCAUCGGGGGAAAUACCAUGAAAUUGCUAUGGACAUAUGCUGAAAAAGAUCCUAUCUACGGUAAUCUCAAAUGGCAUGGAACAUUCAGUGGAGUUCGGCCGAUACAUAUGCUAGCACCAUUGUGGAAAAAACCAAAUCCAAGCCACAACGCAAAUAAUCGUGAUAUGCGUCAGUGGGAUGUUACGGUAAAAAACAUUACCAUCGAGCCCGAAAUGGAUACGUUGUAUUGGUGCAAAAUCCUUAAAGCACCCACUCUACAAGAUAAACAUCAUAUCAUUGGCUAUGAAGCUCUGCUCACAAAAGAAGCUCAAACUACAAAGCCAUUGGUUCAUCAUAUGACAUUAUUUGAAUGCUCAACGUCAGCGUAUCCAAGUUCGGAUCCAAUGUCAUGGGAUAUUUGGGUGAAGAGUAGCGGUGCCGUGUGCAAUAGUAAUUUGUUAACGCCACGCGAUUGGGAUGCUUGUAUAACACCGGUCGCUGUUUGGACGAUUAGUUCGACAGGACAAUAUUUGCCACAUCAUGUUGGCAUCCCAAUGGGUGGUCGUAGCGGUCCCAAAUAUUAUAUGCUAGAAAUUCACUACGACAAUCCAAAUGCAAAGCGAAUAAUCGACCAUUCUGGCUUUCGCAUUCACUAUACACGACAUCUGCGCAAAGAGGACGGUGGUAUGAUGAUAUCUGGUGUGUCCGUAUCUGAUACACAAUUAAUUCCACCCCGACAAAAACUCUAUCGAAACGUUGGAAUAUGCGGACCAUCAUGUACAUCAACGAUGUUUCCUGAGACGGGAAUUAACAUAAUAUCGGCAACAUUGCAUUCGCAUGUGGCUGGCCGUAAAAUGAAAUUGCGCCAUGUGCGUAAUGGCAUUGAAUUGGAUCGCAUUAUUGAAGAUGACACUUAUGAUUUCAAUUAUCAACAAGUGCGCCAAUUAGAGAAUGAAACGACUAUUUUACCGGGCGACUAUCUGAUUACAGACUGUGCUUAUGAGACAUUGAAUCGAAAGCGUCCCACCUUCGGCGGUUAUUCAACGAAACAAGAAAUGUGCUUAUCGUUUAUCACCUAUUAUCCGAAAAUUGAUUUGGCUGGCUGUUACAGUAUGACGCCGGUUAAAGAAUUCUUUGAAAUAUUCGGCGUUUACGAAUUUAACUCAAUGAACAUGACUGACGUUGAAAAUCUGUUUCUCUACAAUGGCAAUGCUUUGGAUUUGUUGCCAACAACGGUUUUUCCAAAUUUUCCACCAGGAGGCCAUAUUGAUGACGAAAACAAUUUAAGAGCCAUCGAAGCCUUGAAAAAUGCAAAAGAAUAUACAAUUGUCCAGGAAGAUGCACUUCAACAGGAAUCCAUUUUGAACAAACUGAUUAUAUCAGAUCCGGUGGAAUUUCAUGAUCGAUCAUUUAUGGCUCAUUUAAAUCAGUUACCGUGGACUGAGCCAUUGUUUACGCGUCGAGUUGAACAAACCGUUUUAACCGGAAAGCAUAUGACAUUUUGUCGUGUGUCCAAUGAAAGCAUUUCUGUGGCCGCUGAAAUUAUUCGAUAUCCCAAUUUUACAGCAUUAGUCAAAGAAGCAAGUCAUUGUCCAUAUCAUUAUUUUAUGGAUAAUCUGCAAACAACACAAAGUAUGGCGCUAUCCAAUCAUAUAACUACACAAGGCAAUAACAUGCUGUUGUCGGCGAUGGUAUUGUUAACGUGCAUAAUGACAAUCGCAACAACCGUUAUUCAACAGAUGACGGCCAAUAUUGGCCACCGAAUACAUACAAAUACUAGUUCGUUCGUUCGUAGUCAUUAAAAAUAAAAUUUUCGUCCGUUCGUAGAAAUCAUAGCUUCAUUCUAAACCCAGGAAAAUAUUUUUUUUUUUUAAUUUUGGAUUUUUUUUUGAAUUUUGAAAGUGAACACUUUUUUUGCUCAUCAAUUUUUUCGCAGAUGAAGUUUACACUAGAUAAAAUAAACAAACCUUUGAACCAAUACGAAUCUAUUUUAGGAAUUGAAAAAUUUGUUUUUCUUCAAUUCAUUCACAAGUUAAACAAUGAAAAACGAACGUACGAAUAAAAACUGAUUUUCAAAUUGCUACGAACGAACGUGCGGCUCACCACUUUUGGUGACUUGUUUGCAUUUUGUAUUUCGUGAUGAAAAGGCGUCUAAACGGAUAGUCGAUGGAAAACAUUCAGACAUAUUUACAUAGAUUUGUCGAUAAAUGUCUGGUUUUUUUGCUUUUUUCGACUUAUUUUUCGAAUAGUACCUUUUCUCAUCGACGAUUGCUUUUGUUUCGAUGAUUUUUGGUCACUUGAAAUUUGAGCUGUUUUUUUUUUCAUUUCAAAAGCUCGAAUACAGCUUGUCGUCAAUUGAUAUUUAUUGACAAAAACCAAUAUAACUGUCAUAAUAAAAUGCCUCGAGUUUCAUUCGCAUUACAACGAAAACGACAAUAUUCACAGUGUACAUAAAUAACUUUUUGCAUGAAUUUCCAUCGAGCCGACAUUAAUCACGCGGGAAUUUCAAUUCACAUUCUUGGCAUUUUGUUUUUAACUUAUUGUGUACAUGAAUAACUCCUAUAAGCGCUUCUAUUUAUUAUUAUAGUCUAAUAUUGAUUUUAGUUAAGGGAAAGAAUGAGAGUGCAAAACAACAUCAACCGCAAAUGUAUGAUAUUGUCAUACACAUACACAAACAAAUGCAUUCAUUUUGAUUUUUCUUAUUAAAUUUCAUCAAAACUUUUAUACACAAUGAAUUUACCGCCCACAUCUCAUCUGACAUUUACAUAUGAUAUACAUACAAUAUUCCGACCACAUGAUAAUGCAGAAUGUCUCUGUCUAUCAACGAAUCGUGGCUUCUUCGAAUUGUGUCUAUAAUUGGAAUUACAGCCAAUACGCGAAACAUACACUAGUAUAAAGUACCAAGUUCAUCAUCUUAUGACUGUUUGUGACCGACAAAUAUGACCCAAAGAUUUGAAAUAGUUUUGAUAAUAACAGAGAGUAAAAAUGAAACAAAAACAGUCAAAUAAUGCGCUCUUGUAGCUAAAUAAGUCUUUAAUAUUUCUUCCAAAGAUAGAAAUAGUAGUUUAAAAAGGGCUCAACGAUAGUCAUAAGGCAAAAACACACAACAAAAGAAACAUUUAUUCUUUUAUCGCUUACGCAUGGAUCGAUUUCAAUUUUAUUUUCCUUUUUUUAGAAUAUGUGACAUUUAUAUAUAAAAACAGGUAUAUGCGCAUCCAUUUUUAUAGUGGUCAAUGGACUGAAUGCAUUUUCAAACCAUAAAAUUAACAGAUAUUUUUCAUUUAAGUAAAAAUAGGAUAAUCUUUUAGAAUAGAAAACCGUUUUGCACUGUUAGAUAUUAUUUAUAAAUAAAUACACCAAGAAGUAACUUUUUGGACGAAGAAA